CCCUUUUAUUAAUAUAUUCAGGAGAUACAAGGGAGGUUGUCAGGGAGAAAGCUAGCAUAGCUCUAUGCAAGCUUAUGGAUGCUACUAUCCAGCCACAGCCUUUGUUUGACAAAAUGUUGCCAGCCUUCACGCAUAAAAAUGGAAAGGUUAGAGAAGAGAUACUCGUACUUCUGCAGAACACGUUGAAUGCUCAUGGUUCUUCCAGUCUCACAGUUUCUAAAUUCAUUCCAUGCAUCACAAACCUUCUCAGCGAUUCACAGUCGGCUGUGCGAGAUGCUGCGGUAGCCACUAUGGUCGAGAUCUACCGUCAUGUUGGGGAGAAAGUGCGCGCGGAUUUACAAAAGCGCGGCAAUUUGCCCGCCAACAAGACUGCGCUUCUCAUGUCAAAGUUCGACGACAUGCGCUCGUCGGGCAACAUGAUGCCGACGGCGGCGAUGGGAGUGGGAACUACAGACGGUAAUUACGAGGAUGAAACAGACAGAGCUUCGAUAAAAUCUGCCGGAAGCUUAAAAUCCAGAUCUAGUAGUGUUCCAGCCAGAGAUAGGAAAACGUUUGCUACUCCUAAACCACCUUCAGAUUUUAAACUAACAACAAAGUUGAAACGAGCUGACACAAUGACGGAUAUAUUGGGGCCUAAAAGGAUUAAACUCAAACGAUCUGGAACUUUUGUUGGGGAUACUAGAUCGACGAGUUCAGCAAUAAGGCGGCAGCCAUCUAUCAGAUAUGGUAGUACAUCGGGUGGCCAGGCCGGGGCCGUGGAUGAAGAAAGUUUUAUUCAAGCAUUUGAAGAAGUUAAAAAGGUAAAAAUAUGGACUGGACGUGGUCUGGAUGAGGAGUUAAAUAAAAUCCAUACAACACUCUCCAAACAUGCAGCUGAUUGGAAACUAAGAAUUGAGGCUUUAUGCAUGAUGCGCUCCCUGGUAAUCGCUGGAGCCGGUCAAUUCGACGAGUUCAACAUCAGUCUUAAGGGUCUGGAGAUGCCAUUCGAGUCCUGCGUUAAAGAUCUUAGAUCACAGGUUGUUAGAGAAUGUUGUAUAACAAUUGCCUUCCUCUCCCAACAGAUAAAGCAUAAGGUUGACAGAUUUUUAGAGUUUCUGCUUCCAAGCCUCAUCAAUUUGAUACAGAACAGUGCCAAGGUGAUGGCUACUAGUGGUAUUGUUUGUAUUCGGUUUAUUAUACAGAAUUCAGUCAGUACACGCUUUGUUCCCAUAAUAUGUCAACAUGUAUCCAGUAGAUCAAAGGAAAUCAGGCGGUAUAUUUGUGAGUUUCUGGACCAGCUUCUCCACACGUGGCCAACGCACUCUCUAGAAAAACACGUGGCAUUGCUGCAGGAAGCAAUCAAAAAGGGGAUUUCUGAUGCAGAUGCCGAAGCAAGAACAUUCGCAAGAAAAGCGUACUGGGGGUUUGCUGAUCACUUCAAAGAUCAAGCUGAAAACCUGCUUCAGAGUUUAGAUUAUUCUUACAAAAAAAUAUUACAGGGUGAAAUGUCUAACUCUAGCUCAUCUAACUCCUUAAACUUAAUGGGAGGAGGAGUGGAUCGGGGAGUGCGUGGAGUUGUGAGAUCUAGACAGAGUUCUGUCACAGGAUCAACGGAGAACCUGGAUACUCCGAUGGCUCCGGUGCGCUACGGCUCUGCAACCCUUGGUCGGAAAGGAGGCGGAAUUCCUUCUGGAAUAUCUAGCGGAAUUCCUUCUUUAUCCAGCGGAAUCCCUAAAUGGAGUUCACCAGCCAAGGGAGAUGGUACGCCUGACAUCAUGACAAGAUCAACUCUAGUCAGACAACAAGUAUCCCGGAGAAGGAUUGGGUUGGUUCCAGGGAUACUAAGAUUAACCAGAUCAUAUACUAGCGGAUCUAUACAGCGGAAGGGGAGUUUAAUAAGAGAAAAAAGCAAUCUGAGUGAUAAAAUUCGAACUGGGCUUGGAGAUAGUUUGGAAGAUUUUAUAAAAUUGGAAGCUUCGAUGACCGGAAGUCCUAUUCACUCCCCGGCUGGGCGCAGUAACAGCGCUAUAGAUUCGAGCGCUGCCCGGCGCGCUAGUGUGCGCCAGCAGUACUCACAGCGGGGCAGGCUGGGUAUGUUACCCGGCGCCAGUCUACCCCGGCCCCGUAAGUCUUCAGAUGGGGGCCCUGGACUACCCCUGGGAACCCCUGACAGAGGAGCUGCUAGGUCUACUAGAAAACCUGGAGGAGUCUCACAGUCACAGCCUGGCAGUCGAUCCGCCUCCCCCUCCUCUCUCAAAUCCUAUCAAACAUACUUUGACACCGUUGGAAGCCCGAACUAUGCCUCGUCAACGGUUGGGCGGGCUGCUGGUAGAAAACGGUCAGGUAUCCCCCGCAGUACUGGAACAUCGAGAGAAACCUCUCCACAAAGAUUUGGUGCUACACCCACGACCCGGGGAUUGGUCCGACCAGGAGCACGACCUCCAGUUAAACCGACAAACAUGGAGAAGAUACUGCGCCAGUCAAGAGAGGCGGAGUCAGCCCUUGCUGAUGCCCUGAAAUCUCCACGGAAGCGGAGCAACAACGGUCCCUUCGACAUCCUCGACAAUUCGGACGAAAGUGAGACUUCCAGCCUUUGCUCAGAGAAAUCUUUCGACUACGGUCGACCUCGGCCCUCUGACCUUGGAUCCCGUGAGCGUCUUUACGGACCUGCGUCCGAGGUGUAUACUCAGGACAUUUCUGAGAUUAUUGCUAAUUGUGCUUCCACACAUUGGGCUGAUCGAAAAGAUGGGCUUAUAGGUUUACAGAGCUAUUUCCGGGACGGACGAAUGCUGUCCGGGACAGAGCUGAGACGAGUUACUGAGAUUUUCACUAAAAUGUUUAUGGAUGCCCACACAAAGGUGUUUGCUCUUUUUCUGGAGACCCUCUGUGAGUUGGUGAGCAGUCACAAGGCCGACCUCUACGACUGGUUGUACGUCCUCCUUACAAGGAAUUAAAAGUUGGGUUGUGAUCUGCUGGGGAGCGUGGUGCACAAGAUCAACCGAACCCUGGACGUGGUGAGAGAGAGCUUUAACUACGAGGAACAGCUGAUUAUUAUAUUCAAAUAUAUUACUGAUCAAACUCAAACUCCAAACAGUAAGGUUAAGCUGGCAACUUUAUACUACUUGAAAUCUUUAAUUACUCUAGUUGAGAGUGCAGACAUUCCAAAUAAUAAGGUUCAAACGAGAGCUGCCACGCUGUCCCUGGCCUCGAUGUUUAACACCCAUACACCACAGAUGACAGAGUUGUUGAGGAAACUGCCACAAAUGUAUCAGGACAAUGUUGGAGAAAUACUGGAGAAAAACGGCGCCGAUUCCCCGUUGAAGAUGACCGGUCCAUCGCCGAUGAAACCGCGGAGUCUUCAACCGCCGCACACUGGCGGGAGGACGAGGAUUACUAGUCCGCUUAAACCAAUUCAUCCUGAUGAAAGCGAAAAUAUGAACCCAGAUGAGGUGAACAAAUCUUUGAGAUUGACCGCCAACGCGAUUCAGAACUAUUCGUUUGACCGCACAGAUAAGAUGCGAAUAGAUAUGAUGCCAGACGAAAAAGAUAGCGGCAUAAGUCAGGUGUAUGAUGGUGGAUUGAAUAUUGAAGAGAAGCUUGCAGCACUCGAAUUAGAACGCCUUGAAGGACGAGUUUCAAAUGGACGAUCGGGUAUAAUUCGUCCGCCAGCGGCCAUGGACGAUAUGCUUUACGGCAGUAAUGACAGCACUUCCCGAGCUUACGCUUUUCGGUCCCUUCCCCGGAACUUGGCAAUGGGCGUGGUUAUGGGAGUUACCCGCCCAGUCAGGGAAAGAAAUGUACAUAAGCCCCGCCCUCUUCGUAAAGCAAUUGCUAUGGGCGUGGCGUAUGGGAAGGGCGGGGAAACUUCUCCUACAGUACACGCUGUGAAGAUUUUAAUAUUUGAAUCCCAGGGUGUUGAGAGAAGAGCCUGUAUGACUCAGUUGAUUAAGAUUGCGAGGAAUGGAUCAAAUCCAGCUCUUUUAGAUCAAUUCAGGUCUGUACUUCGUGUACUACUGGAGAACCUAGAGGAUGAGGAUGGGAAUACAAGAGCUCUUGUGUUCGGUGUACUCACAGAAAUGCUAAAGCAGGAGAGUUUGCAGUCUGGGUUCCAGGGCUUUACAGAGCUGGUCAUUCUCAAGGUUCUGCAAGCGCACAAGGACUCCGAAAAAGAUGUUGUGCGAGCAGCUGAAAGCUGUGCUGCUACAAUGGCCGGAGUCCUUCCACCAGAGAUGGUCGUUAGAGUUCUUAAUCCAAUUAUUAAAACUGGAGACUUUCCGGUCAAUCAGGCUGCCAUAAAGAUGUUAACAAAGCUAGUAGAGAAGCAAACUCCUGAAAGUAUUUGCCAGCAUCUAUCUGAUGUCAUGCCAGGACUUCUCAAGGCGUAUGAUAAUGUUGAAUCAAGUGUGCGUAAAGCUGCAGUUUUCUGUAUUGUUGCUUUACAUCAGUUAGUAGGAGAGGAUUCAUUACAGCCCCACCUGGACUGCCUGAACGGAAGCAAGAUGAAGUUACUCUCCUUGUACAUCAAGCGGGCCCAGGCUCAGUCUACCCAGACAAGUCCUAGGCUUACUCCCUCCUGACCUAGGUCCCCUGUCCAGGAAUAUUUGACAGAA